AUGGCGACCCCUUCCCCUGCCGGGUCCAAUCCCUCCUUCUCCAUGUCCGCAUACAUGGUUCCUUCGCGAGAGAACUCCUAUGGAUCUGAAUUCGACGACGAUCUUGCCUCACUGCCCUCUGAAGCGACGACAGACUCCGACUUGGACACCCUUUCCGAUGACUACUCCGAUGCCGAAGCGGAAUGGCGGGAGAGCAUUGAGCAAUUGGAGCUGCUUCUGACAAUGGUUCUGGUGCCUUUUAUUGGCAAAUAUUUAGGCCGGCGGUGUGCAUACUGGAGUUGGACAAAGUUCAUGCAAUGGAAGUACCCGGUCGAGGUCGUCAUCACGAACCCGGGCAUCUUCAAAGGUGCAGGUUUCAUCGAGGCAGCUGCCAGCCUAUAA